GAAAAUAUCUGUUCCCUUUCCUGGAAAACUUCCUGUUCCUGGUAAAUCAAUCGUCUAAACCCUAAACCUAGCAUCCUACUUCGCUUUUGCUUUAAGCCACCAAACGCGUUUCUCUUGCCUUCUUAAUAACACAUCAAGGGCUUUCACCUACUUCUUCUUCUUCUUCUCAGACAAAAAAGAAAGAAAACACACACAAAAUAUGUGCAACUCAGAUGGUGAUUGCAGGCCCUUGGGUUUUCUCUUGGGUCUUCCCUUCGCCUUUCUCGCCCUCCUCGUCUCAAUAGUUGGCCUCGUCGUCUGGAUAGUUGGGCUAUUGUUGACAUGCAUAUGCCCUUGCUGUUUGUGCGUAACAGUAAUAGUGGAGUGUGCGUUGGAGUUGGUGAAGGCUCCACUGCAUGUUAUGGAGUGGUGCACCUCUCAGAUCCCUUGUUAGCUACCUUCUGUUUUCACCAAUUCCGUCACUAAGUUCUAGUGCUGAGAGUGCUUUUGAUUGAUUACUUUUCAUUUUAUUUCUCCUUAGUGAGAUUGAAAAUUUCAACUUGUUAUUGCCUCUGUUUUCUUGCAAAAUUAAUAGUAGUUCAUACUUCAUAUUGUAUUUUUUUUUUCUUUCUUGUGCAUAUACCUAUAACUCUACCAAUAAUAAAGGUAAUAUAUUCUUGCGUA